CCUCCUCUCCCUACGAAAAACACUUUCGGGAAGAAUAAAGUUUUUCUCCCCCUCUAACGGACUCGUACGCAGCCAGCCAGGCGUUACUCAGAGCCAGCCCUUUGGCCUAGCAGGAAGAACAGCUCGACUAUGUGGAGACAGAAGCGGGCACUUGGGGAAUCCUUGGCUUGUCUCGUGUUUCUUGUGACGCUCGUCGAUGCUUAUCGAUUCCUGAGCCAGACCACAGCCUCCCAGUUCCUGAGCCGGCACAAGAGAGCAAACUCACUGUUUGAGGAGAGCAAGAAGGGCAACCUGGAGAGGGAGUGCAUCGAGGAGCUGUGCAACAAGGAGGAGGCCAGGGAGAUCUUUGAGAACCAGCCCGAGACGGAGUACUUCUACCCCAAAUAUGUUGCAUGUCUGGGUUCACACCGUGUGGGCAUACCAAGUCAGAACUCAGGUUCUGCCAUCCCAUCAGACCUUCGCACCUGUGUGAAAGAAAUUAGUGACCAGUGCACGCCGUAUCCAUGCUAUAAGGAGGGCUCAGAGCGCUGCGUGGAUGGUCAGGCCUCCUUCACAUGUGUGUGUAAGCCUGGCUGGAAAGGGCCACGCUGUGAAGAUGACAUCGACGAGUGUUCAGAUCCUGAAUUUCCAGCCGGAUGUAACCAAAAGUGUAAAAAUUUCCCCGGCAGUUUCCACUGUAUGUGUGAAGAGGGCUACUUCAUCACUGACAAGAUCACCUGUGUGGAUAUCAAUGAAUGCCUCUUGUACCAGAGUAUCUGUGCACAGCCUGCUAAAUGCGUCAACACACCGGGCAUGUAUGAGUGCCAGUGUCCCUCAGGGUUCAAAUACAACUUCACUUCCAAGACCUGCAACGAUGUAGACGAGUGCGAGUUUAAUGUGUGCGAUGGGACAUGCUUCAACACCGUGGGCAGCUAUGCGUGCCACUGCGAUGGUCGCGUAGGUCUUCGUUUGGGAGAGGAUAAGCGAUACUGUGAAAAUAUCCCUGUGUGUGUGGAGUUGUACGACUACAAACACCCUGAGAUGCUCUACCUGGGGGAACAGUUCGCUGGCCUUCCUGUCAUCUAUCUGCGCUUCCGUCUACCAGAGAACACAAAGUUUGCAGCAGAGUUUGACUUUCGCACGUUCGACCCAGAGGGCGUUGUCUUGUACGCAGAGUCAUCCCAGGACUCGUGGUUCAUGCUUGGACUGAGAGGAGGUCGAAUUGAAGUCCAGUUCAAAAACCAGCACACAUUCAAAGUGACCAGCGGAGGGAAAUUCAUCAAUGAUGGACAGUGGCAUGUGAUCUCUGUGGAUGAACUGGAGAGCAGCAUCAGCGUGAAGAUCAGCAAGGAAGCCGUGAUGAGCAUCAACAGCCCUGAGAGUCUCUUUACUUCAGUGAAUGGCAAACUAGAAACCAAGGUGUACAUCGCUGGUCUGCCAAACCGCACAGAUAACCUCGUCAAACCUAUCAACCCCCGACUCGAUGGCUGCAUCCGGGGCUGGAACUUAAUGAACCAGGGGGCAUCUGGGGUAAAAGAGGUCAUCCAGGAGAGGAAGAGUAAACACUGCUUUGUGUAUGUGGAGCGAGGCUCUUUCUUUUCUGGGGCAGGACUGGCACAGUUCAACAAUGACUACAGGGAUUCUGGGAGCUGGAAUGUGGAUGUAAAGCUGAACAUACGCCCAUCCAGCAGCACAGGCGUCCUCUUCGCUCUGGUCCAAAACAACACAGUCCCCCUGUCGGUGGCUGUCGUAACGCAGGGAGAAGAAGAAGCUAACCUGCAAGUGUUCCUAGAUGGCGAACUGGUUGCCACGCUGGACUCACUCAUGCUGUGUUACCCUGAUCGGCUGACAGUGCAGCUGAAUGUGACUCCGACAGAAAUCCAGCUCUCGGCCAACUCGUCCACCGUCACCUACGUGAAGCCUGAGGGCCUGCAGAAGGCGCUGGAGCGUCUCAACGGCACCAUGCAGAACCCCAUCAGUACAUAUAUAGGAGGAGUACCAGACAAUGUCCCGUUACCUGCCACCCCCGUGUCAGCGUUUUACCACGGCUGCAUGGACAUCACUAUCAGCGGCAAGCAGCUGGACUUUGACGAGGCUCUCAGCAAACAUAACAGCAUUAAGUCCCAUUCCUGUCCUCCUGUUUCUGCUCCUGAGAGCAACCCUGAGGCUGCAAAUCCGCACAGAAAGUGACCCUAAUUAACAAGCCAUCAAAAAAAAAAAAUUAAAAAAAAAAGACGUCACAGGAGGCAGCAUCCCACAGCGGCCACUUCUUAGAUAAUUUUGGAAAGAGAGAUAUAGAGGUUGAGAGAAGACAAGAAGCAGGAUGGGGAUGAGAGGGAAGUGACAAGAAGAAGUGAUAGAGCUAGAUUGUUACAGUCGUUUUUGUCGACUCUCUGUGAUGGUUCAAUUUCUGUUCACAUCCUUUUAUCCAUACAGUAUUAUUGUUCCUGUCCUGGGAGCAGGUUUUUUUCUUUCAUUAGUGAAGCACAACGAAAG